AUGAAUGUUGCACGACAAUAUCAUACAGCAUCGAUACUAAGCACUGGAGAAGUUAUAGUUACUGGUGGAAACAGCUCUAAUGGUUUUUUAUCUAGUGCAGAACUGUACGAUUCAUCAACAGGAGUUUGGACAAUGACUUGCAACAUGAGUUCUGCACGGUACGUUCAUACAGCAUCGAUACUAAGCACUGGAAAAGUUUUAGUUACUGGCGGAUUUGGUUCUGGUAGCGCUUUAUAUAGUGCAGAACUGUACGAUCCAUCAACAGAACUUUGGACAAUGACUGGCAACAUGAGUUUUAGACGAUACCUUCACACAGCAUCGAUACUAAGCACUAGAAAAGUUUUAGUUGCUGGUGGAUACGACUUGAUUGGCUAUUUACAGAGUGUAGAACUGUACGAUCCAUCAACAGGAUAUUGGACCAUAACUGGCAACAUGAGUUCUGGACGGUAUCUUCACACAGCAUUCAUAUUAACUAAUGGCAAAGUCUUAGUUGCUAGUGGAUCUAACUCUCUUGGCUAUUUGAACAGUGCAGAAUUAUAUGGAUAA